CAGAGCUUGCUGUGGAUGGAGGGGGAGGGGCCGGAGUAUUGCGAGAGGCAGACACGGAGAGACAAGGGCAACCAGGAGAUUUACCGAGGGAGCCUGAGGACCCUGCUCGGCUACUACAACCAGAGCGAGGGUGGCUCUCACACCAUCCAGAGGAUGCUCGGCUGUCACGUGGGACCCGACGGGCGCCUCCUCCGCGGGUACCUUCAGGUCGCCUAUGACGGCAAAGAUUACAUCGCCCUGAACGAGGACUUGACGUCGUGGACGGCGGCGGACACGGCGGCGCUGAUCACCAAGCGCAAGUGGGAAGAGGCUGGUGAAGCAGAGGGACACAGGGCUUACCUGGAGGGCGAGUGCGUGGAGUCGCUCCGCAGAUACCUGGAGCUCGGGAAGGACACGCUGCUGCGCACAGGAACCAGAGCAUUUUGUCACGGAGCAUUAACACACAUAAUGAAAGUGCGCAGUGUGGAAGGACAGAGCCGCCGGCAUCCACAAGCAGCUCCGUCAACUAGGCAACACGACACUCUGCAGCAUGUCUCCAGUGUCCAUCACGGAACACACGGGGAGAAACUGAAAUGAAAAAAAGGAGCAGUGACUUCUGUUAUUUUCUCUGUCUAAAAUCAAACAGGAAAACAUCAACUGUCACACACUAACGGUCUUCAGAGUCCAUCAUUUGUACAAGAGGAGGACUAGGAACCAAACUGCUUACAGAGCUC